AUGCCCGCCCUCUCGAUAGCCGACUCGCUCCUCCCGCAGCCCCCGUCGUUUCAGAAAAAGAAGGCGUAUGAGAUUCACAAGGUCCUUGGCGAAGGGACUUUCGGCAAGGUCGUGCGCGCAACAUGGCACGUCCCGCCCAACCAGGUCGACGUCGCCAAGCACGGGGCGGCCGCUACGUCGACUUCGUCCACCGCGCCCUCCGAAUUCCCCCAGGCACAGCAUUCCUCCCGCUCGCGCUCCCCAACAGGCCCGCCGCUCGACCGCCCGAAGCCCGCGCGCUCGAACAGCACAGCGAGCCCGGGCUCGUCAUAUAAUUCCGCGAAGGGGCACGCGUCCAACUUCCUGUCGCGGAUGCACACGAACGGGCACAGCAACGGGAACGGGCAGGCGCGGGGGAAGCACGAGGGCGCGAUGACGGUGGAGGUCGCGCUGAAGGUGAUCCCGAAGAAGAAGGUGAAGGGGAACGAGAGCAGCGUGUGGAGCGAGAUGGAGGUCCUCAAGGGGCUCAACCACCCGAACAUCGUCAAAUUCUACGAGUGGUUCGAGAGCCGCACCAAGUACUACCUCUCGUUCGAGCUUGCCGUCGGCGGCGAGCUGUUCGAGCGCAUCACCCAGCGCGGCAAGUUCACCGAGUCGGACGCCGUCGCCGUGCUCAGGUCCGUCCUCUCUGGCGUCAAGUAUCUCCACGAGCACGACAUCGUCCAUCGCGACCUCAAGCCCGAAAACAUCCUGUACCGCACCAAGGACCCACACUCUGACAUCGUGAUUGUCGAUUUCGGCAUCGCGAAGCACCUCCACACACCCGGGGAACAGCUGACGUCUCUCGCGGGCAGCUUUGGCUACGUCGCCCCCGAGGUCCUCAACAAGACCGGCCACGGCAAGGCCGUCGACAUCUGGUCCACAGGGAUCAUCACAUACGUCCUGCUGUGCGGGUACUCGCCGUUCCGCUCGGACGACACCGCAGAGCUCAUCCGCGAGACCACAGAGGCGCAGGUCGAGUUCCACGAGCGCUACUGGAGCAACGGCUUUGUGCGUACCCUCCUCAACCCAGACCCUGCCAAGCGCCCCACCGCCGCCCAGGCGCUGAAGCACCACGUACGUCCCAUCUCCCCGUCUCCCCGUCCCACGCGCACACCCCGCUCACCGUCCAUCCCCUCUCUCACCCCCGCACAGUGGCUCACCGAGCACACGCCCUCCACCGAGCACGACCUCUCCGGCCUGCGCGAGCAGUUCAGCCCCCGCGCCCGCUGGAAGGCCGCCAUCAACGGCACCAUCGCCCUCCACCGCCUCGGCACGCGCGCCAGCGGCGCCUCCGCCGCCACCACCAGCACAAGCUCCGGCGGCUGGAAGACCGCCCUCGACAGCGACGAGGACGACGAGGACGAGCUUGCCGGCGCCGGCGACGGCGACGGCGUGCGCCCCCACGUGCCCCCGGGUCCCGGCGCGAACGCGCAUGUCCUGGUCACGCCGCCGUCGCUCGAGCGCCGCGCGAGCACGGGCGCGCCGGCGUCUCCACGCACGGCGGACGCGGAGACCAGCAGGGCGGACGGCGACGCGUCGGCACCAGGACCAGUGCCAGUGCCAGUGCUACGCCCGAGCUCGGCGCACGCGCUCCGCCACGAGCAGCAGUCGCGGGCGCCCGAGCCGCUGCACGAGCACGUCCCGGCGGCGCUGCGCGAGCACCACGCCGCGCGCGCACAGGACGGUGCUCCGGCGCCCGGCAGCGCGCCGUCCUCGUCCUCGUCCUCGCAGCGGCGUCCCGCGCCCGCCGAGCCUGCAGCCCCGCCGCGGCCCUCGCUCGAGGAGGAGGACGACCAUGUGGAGAUGCCCGGCUCGUUCAUCGGCUCGGCGCACGCGCGGCGGCAUCGUGCGCACUCGUCGGCCUUGCACGAGCACCACCCGGAGCACCACGGCCACCACCCGCAUUUCGAGGGCGCACUGGCGGGGCUGUUGCGCAAGAUGCACGUACGAUAGCCCAUGCACACCCUCUGGAAGGCACACAGUAUCUAUACUAUCUAGUCUAUGUAUCGACAGUGCACUCAGCGACGGCAGGCAUCAUAUUUUGUUGUUGAUAAGGACGUUUGCGCCGACUCUCGAUCUCAAUUCUUGGAUACAAUAAGCAUAAUACAGCUGUUGUGUCUGUACUGACGUCAUUUACAAAUGCUCGCAGAUGAAUGGCCACGCGAUUAUUGAUUCCCA